GUACGAUCAUGUGACUCGGCAACUUCACUUGAGUAAACGUUGUUUCCGAUCUUUCUCAUUUCUCCGGUUGGCGUUGUUCUGUUAACGUGUUCCUGUUAAGGAGACAAAAUGACUUGCAAGCGCAGAAACGGUGGACGCGCCAAACACGGCCGUGGCCACGUGAACCCGGUACGAUGUACGAAUUGUGCACGCUGCGUACCCAAAGACAAGGCGAUCAAGAAAUUCGUCAUCCGUAAUAUCGUAGAAGCUGCUGCCGUGAGAGAUAUCACCGAAGCUAGUUUCUACUCGGCAUAUCAACUGCCGAAAUUAUAUGCGAAGUUGCACUAUUGCGUCUCUUGUGCAAUUCACUCGAAAGUCGUACGCAACAGGUCCAAAGCGAACCGUCGUAUUAGGACACCUCCAGUCCGCAAUUUCCCCAGGGAUCUUCGCCAGGGCCAACAAAAUAGAAAGUAAUUUACUAUGUAACUAU